UCUCCUCCCCCACCUCUCCCGCCUCCUUCCCCUCCUCCACCUUUCCCACCUCCCCCCUCUCCGCCUCCGCCAUCUCCCCCUCCCCCCCCUCCAAGUCCCCCUUAUGGCUGGUGGUGCGCCCUUUGGCCCUGGACCUGCCUUGCGCCCCCCCUGCCUCCCUAUUCUGCCCCCAUGCCCCCUCCCCCGCCUCUCACCCCCUUGCCCAGCCCUCCUUUCCCCCCACCCCGCCCCUCUGGCCCCCCUCCCCCACCGGACCCCUGUUUCCCCCCACCCCCUCCCCCUCCUGGUGGGGACGAGCCUGCUGCGUGGUGGUGUGCCCUCUGGCCCUGGCGCUGCAUGCCCCCCCCACCCUCCCCUGCCUUACCGGCUCCUCCUCUCCCUCCAUCUCCCCGGUUCCCUUGCUCCCCACCCCCUCACUUCCCCUCUCCGCCUCACCCCUCUCCAUCCCCACUUCCCCCUCCCCCUCGCCCACACCCACCCCCUGCCCCUCUUCCACCUGCCCCUCCCCCCAGUCCCUUGCCUCCUAAGGUCCCACCUCCCCCACCUCCUUCACCCCCUCCCCCACUGCCCCCCUGGCAAUGCGCGCUGUACCCCUGGCUGCCUGAGUGCCAGCAAGCGAGAAGGCGCAGUGCAGAUGCGAAGGCGCACCAUCUGGCAGGCGGAGCAGGGGGAGGAGCAAGGGGCAGAACGCAAGGCAUGACGGCAGCACAUGGGGCAGGGGGACAGGCAGUGCUGGAAGCUGCUGGCCCUCCUGGUGGCGUGAGUGGUCCAGGUAGGACCAGCAGUCGCACCAGAAGGACUGAUGCACCAAACCUGCUGCUGCAGGCGGCAGCACCCGUUGACUUAGUACAGCUCACAGACGGAGCGAGGACACGGAGGGGGGAGGAAAACGGGAGGAGCAGGGGAGAGCAGGUGGAGUGGGUGCAGCAUGGGGGUGUGACGAUGCAGGGAACAAGGCAUUCAGGCCAUGGCUUGAAGGCUGAGGCAAUUGAGAUGGGGGUGAGUGGUAGAGGCACUGGCGCUGAUUCAGGGCUGGCCCACAGUAGGGGUGAGCAGAUGGAAGCAUGGAGAACUGCUGAUGAAGAGGGCAUUGGCAAGCAGGCGCUGCUGCCUCUGGGCGUGAGAAACGAGGUGCAGGAAGUGAGUCAGUCAGCAGGCGGAGGGGUUGUGGGAGGGUUAGAUGUGCUGAAGAAUGGGGACCACCACAAGCACAUGGUGCAUGCAGCACACUCAGAGCAGCAGCACGUGCUGGUGCAGCAGGGGCGGAUGAUGAGGCCACAGCAGGUGCACUAUGAGGAAGAAGGGAACUCUUCGAUCUGGCAGCUGCUCUUAUCCUGGUGGGCUGAAGAGAUUCGCUCAGUGUGGAAGGAACAAGUGAGCACGGAGUCAUGCUCCGGCAAUCACAAGGGCAAGCAUGAGGGGCAGAAGCUUUUAGCAUCGUCCUGAGUGAGCAUGCUGGACAGAGUGGGAUUCAUUUUUAAUGAAUCAUGCUCCUGCAGACGUGUACAGUUGUGUGUUAGGGCAUGCGAUGCUCUUUACUGGGUUUCCCACAAUAGAGCAACAACUAGGUAGUAGUAGGUGUCAACUUAUACAUACCGGUAUGUAUUGAGAAAGCUUGCUUUCUUGUCCUUCGCAAUAGGCAUCGUUCUCAUUUCAAGUGGCUAGGUAC